GUAGAAAAUAAAAAUAAAAUAGAAAAAAAGUUCCUAAAAAUUGCAUAUUUGGGGAGGUUUAGCAAAGAGUCAAAAGACACCUCACUUUGAACACUGCAACACCUUUAUUAAUUCUACAACCCUAACUGUUACUCUGCUUCUUCCCUUUCCUUCCGCCCACCAUAUACCAUCUGUCGCAUUGCCAAGAAAGAAACUAUGUCAUUGUGUGUUCCUUUCCACUUUGUUUCUCUUAAACCCUCACACUUGUAUUCUCCUAAGAAUUUGGGUUCCUUCUCUUCUUCGAAAAGAGAUUUUAGGGUGUUUGCCAUGUCAUCUGUUGCAAACGAGGCGGCAACUUUUAUCCCAGCAGCUCCAAUAUUUUUGCCUCAAGGACCGUGGAAGCAGAUUGCUGGUGGAGUUACUGCUGCUGAGGGAUUUAAAGCUGCAGGAAUGUAUGGUGGAUUGAGAGCCUUAGGACAGAAGCCUGAUCUUGCACUCGUGACUUGUGAUGUAGACGCUGUAGCCGCAGGGACAUUUACUAAAAAUGUGGUUGCUGCUGCACCUGUUCUUUACUGCAAAAGUGUCUUAGAAAAAUCUAAAACAGCUCGUGCAGUGUUGAUAAAUGCUGGUCAAGCAAAUGCAGCAACGGGGGAUGCAGGUUACCAAGAUGUAAUAGAUUGUUCAAACGCUCUUUCUAAGUUACUUCAAGUUAGUCCAGAUGAAAUCUUGAUAGAAUCAACUGGUGUGAUAGGGCAACGAAUAAAGAAGGAACCCCUUCUCAAUUCGCUUCCUAAACUAAUUAGUUUGCUUUCAACAAGCGUUGAAGGAGCAGACGCUGCUUCUGUGGCAAUAACAACUACUGAUCUUGUAAGCAAGAGCGUGGCAGUAGAGUUUGAGGUUGGUGGUACCCGUAUAAGAAUCGGGGGAAUGGCAAAAGGUUCCGGAAUGAUCCACCCAAAUAUGGGAACACUUCUUGGUGUUAUAACUACCGAUGCUCUUGUAGACGCUGAUGCCUGGCGAAAGAUGGUACAGAUUGCUGUAAAUCGAAGUUUCAACCAGAUUACCGUAGAUGGAGAUACAAGCACCAAUGAUACCAUCGUUGCCUUAGCUAGUGGUCUAUCUGGAUCAAACAAGAUAUCUGCACUGCACAGUCCUGAGGCAAAACAGUUACAAGCGUGCCUUGAUGCCGUAAUGCAAGGACUUGCCAAAUCAAUAGCCUGGGAUGGAGAAGGAGCAACAUGCCUUAUAGAGGUCUCGGUUACUGGUGCGAGCAGUGAAGCUGAAGCGGCGAAGAUUGCACGCUCUGUAGCAUCUUCUUCACUUACCAAGGCUGCAAUCUAUGGUCGGGACCCAAAUUGGGGACGAAUUGCUUGUGCUGCAGGGUAUGCAGGAAUUCCUUUCGACUCAAACGCACUCAGAAUAGCACUUGGAGAUAUCUUGCUUAUGGAUGGAGGCCAACCACUUUCAUUUGAUAGGUCAGCAGCUAGUAAUUACCUCAAAGAGGCCGGUGAUGCUCAUGGCACUGUCAAAAUUCAAAUUUCCAUAGGAGAUGGACCAGGAACGGGCGUGGCUUGGGGGUGUGAUUUAAGUUAUGACUAUGUGAAGAUUAACGCGGAAUACACCACGUAGGGACUCCACUUCUCCCUUAUGUACCAAGUCAGAAGGUGUGUUUAAUUUAUAACCGUGGAAGCUGAAUUCAAACGCGCUCGAGGGGCUCAAGCUUACCGAUGCGCCAGACUGUUGAAACUUAAAAUUUUGCAUGCCCCUUGUUUGUAACAUACAGUGUUUGAUCACUAGACUUAAACUUCAAAUGCUUCCAAGUUUGUUUUGAAACAAGGAUAAUAUUCAGAGUAGAGUUUGAUCACUAAGUUUAAACCUCAAA